AUGCCUCCCAAUGUUCAAUGCCUGCAAAGGCUAAGCUCAUUUAGCUCCAGCAUCUCCUACAAGGAGGCCAAGAAGCGACAGCGUGCCGACCCCUACCGAUGGCAGCAGUCACAGCAGCGAAAAGCGGCCAACAUCAAGAGGCAACAGGAGAUCAAGGCUGCGAGGGACGCGACAUGGGGUGACCCUGUCCAUGGCAUCCCGACGCCCUUUGUCGAGUCUUUCGACUCCGCUGGUCAGGCCGAGAAGUCCACACCACCCAAGGAUGAGGAUGGCAACUACAUUUCCGAGCCAUACGCUCUGCCGACGUCACGUCACAUCCAGAACCACCUGGUCACCCGCGACGAAAUUGAAACCGCCAUUGGGCACGCUUACACCUUGUCCAAGCCCAUGCGCAGCGAGAUUCGCGACCUCGUCGAUCCGGCCACAGAACAGGAGGCAGAGCGGCAGCACGAACUCAGCCACAAGCGUGCUGUCGAGGCGAUGAGCCGCAUCACCUCCAUGAACAACUCUAACUCCAAGAUGCGGAGGCACGUCAACAUUCGAAGGCGGCAGAGACUCCUGAGGUACAUGGAGAAGAAGGAGAGGGGCAGCGAGAGGUGGACCAACCUCCUGGCGACGUUGGGACUCUCUCCGGCUACGUGGAAGGAGCAGAUCAGCCUAAACGAUGCCGGUCUUUUGCGCGUCAUUAACCUUAGGUGCCUCCUUGCGCCGUGA